GGAGGUCUUGCGGGAGGAACGGCGAGCGAGGCCGGCCAUCAAGCAAUCCAACCACACGACUCGUCGGCGGGCUACACACCAUCUCCCAAGCGCAGGCGCCUGGCAAAUAUGCGUCCCGAUGGGAUAUCCAGUACAAAUGGCUCUUCCCAUACGCUUAAUGGUUCGCCUGCGUCUCCAUCGCAAAAGGCAGCAUUUCCGUUGUCGAUGAACGGCCAAGCCUUGCAUACAACCUCCAAUGGAGACUUGCACACAAAUGGAUCGCAAAAGUCGAGGCUAAAUUCCUCUACCUACUUCGGUCACGAUCGGGAAGAGAUUACAAGGAUCUUGAUACAGAGUCUCUACGAGCUUGGCUAUGACGGAGCGGCAUCAUUGUUGAGUAAGGAGAGCGGUUAUCAACUGGAAAGCCCAGCGGUUGCUACGUUCAGGAACGCGGUUCUUGAGGGGCGAUGGGCUGAAGCGGAACAAAUCUUGGUCCACUCAUUUCACUAUGAACGGGAUAGUGGCAGGGGAGGACGUCGCACCGAGCAGCAUCCCACCAAGGAGAGAUUAGUCUUAGUGGAGCAUGCCGAAAAGAACGAAAUGCUCUUCCAUCUCCGACAACAAAAAUUCCUGGAGCUGUUGGAGGCUCGAGAUCUGGGUGCGGCUUUAAUAGUUCUCCGGCAUGAACUAACACCCCUCAAUUAUGACAUUGGUCGUUUGCAUGCUCUUUCGAGGUGGGACCUAUACCUAGCAUUCCCAUUGAUCAGAAAAUGUGCCGCUAACUUACUAUCAAAAAGCCUGCUCAUGUGCCCUCCUGAGCAUCUUCACGAUCAAGCUGGUUGGGACAGCCCAAUAAGCUCUUCUCGAGAACGUUUAUUAUCGGAAUUGUCAAAGUCCAUUUCGCCUUCUGUUAUGAUCCCGGAUAAUCGUCUUGCUAUUCUUCUAGACCACGUCAAGCAGAAUCAAAUCAAUCAAUGUUUGUAUCACAAUACGGCAAAUCCUCCCUCUCUCUAUUCGGACCAUAUGUGCGAUCGAAAGGAUUUUCCUCUCCGGACAGAGAUUCAAUUGACCGAGCAACGGGAUGAAGUCUGGUGGUGCUCCUUUUCGCAUGAUGGGACCAGGCUGGUCACAGCCUGCAAGGAUUCCACAGUGAUUCUCUACGACACGGAUACUUUCACUGUGCUCCACACGCUCAAGGAGCACACAGAUGGUGUUGUGCAUUGCGAAUUCAGUCCGGACGAUUCGAAACUCAUUACUUGCUCCCAAGAUAAGACCGCUCGCGUAUGGAGCGUCGAGACCGGCCGUUGUCUGUUAACCAUAAAUCAUCAUCGGCAACCAGUAACGUCUGCAGCAUGGGCUCCAGACGGUGAGACGUUCGUCACGGCUUCUCUUGAUCUUAGCACGCAACUUUGUUAUUGGAGCAUGCGCGGGCAUAACCUACACUCUUGGGAUGGUGGUUUCAGGGUACAAGACUGUACUAUGACUCCUGACGGUCGGAGACUAGUCGCGGCGGAUCUGGAGGGAAAAUUGCAUGUUUACAACUUUGCCACGCGUGACGAAGAAUAUUGCCUUACAACGAAAAGCAGGCCGACGUCGGUGGCUGUCAGCAAGGACUCGCGGUAUCUGCUUGUUAAUCUGGCCGACAAUCAACUGCAGCUUAUUGACCUCAACACGACGGAAGUGGUACGGCGCUUCCAGGGGCAGAAACAGGGCAAUUUCGUCAUCCGCAGCGUCUUUGGAGGCGCUGCUGAUAACUUUAUUGUGAGCGGGAGCGAAGAUUCUCGUAUUUACAUCUGGCACAAAGAGAAUGGAACUCUCGUCGAAGUGCUGGAAGCGCAUACCCGGGGCUGUGUGAAUUCAUUAUCAUGGAAUCCGGCUAAUUCGGGGAUGUUCGCCUCAGCAGGCGAUGACUACAUGGUCAGAAUAUGGACCAAAGAACGCGAUACACGACCGGGCGCUGCAGCGGCUAAGCAUAGGGCUGUGUCGGGGAACGGGUUUGCCCGCACCAGUGCUCUGCGUUCGACAUCACGGUUCUAAAGGAGCCUCUCCUGGAGAAGCUCCUAAUGCUUUCUUUCCGAAUGUUGUUAUCGUACCUCAAUGGAGGCAUAAACAUCGACCUUCUUCUAGCGGCUGAUGAAACUACCCUUUGGAUCGAACCUCCCUGCCGAUCUUCACGGCUAUCUCCACUCGAUCUCUCCCAGAUCCCCUACCACUAUGCCACUUUUGAUCCCUGCAUAUAAGCAUUUU